UGAUGCAAAAUCGAAUGAGGGAUUUCUGACGAAAGAACAGAUUCUGCUACAGAUCGACAUUAUGUAAGCAGCUUUGUCGUACGCAUUAUACCAAUAUGUCAUUCAAGAGAGAUGGUGAUGAUGGCAGCCAAUUAAACCUACUCAAGAAACGGCGAGUGGCUGAGCUUCUGGCCAAAGACAUCCCAGAUGAUGAAGCAAUACUUAUGCGCAGUGGGAGGUAUGCCUGUACGGUUUGUCAUUAUAGACCCGUCUUUGACACUGUUGAUAUGCUGAGUGUCCACCGAGCAGGGAAAAAGCACCAACAUGCUACUGAUAAUCACUUUGCCAAGAAGAGAGAGCUUGCUUUGCUGGUUCAGAAGAGACGAAUGGAAGCAGAACUCAAGAAAGGAAGUCUGAAAGGAAGGGAUGAGGAAGCAGAGCCAUCCCCCCUCCUGCAGAAAGUGGAAGCAGCCAAAAGACACACACUGCUGAAGGAAGCUCCUUACAACCCAUGCCAUACACACAAGACUGACGGACCUUCCAAGAAGGCAAAGAACAAGCUCUUCUUUCAAUCCACCCGGCAGGUCGGUUUAAAGAAUCCAGUAGGAAAUUCAACCAAUCAGAUGACAGAGAAUUUAAAUUCAGCCAAUCAGAAGAGAGAUUUUUCACAUCAUGCCAGUGAACCCACCAUGACUUCUUUGGCAGCUCAACAGACUCCAACACCAGGCUUUUCAAAUAUUCAUACACACACUCCCAUUGUAAGUUCUACUACUGCUCCGCAAAAUGCUGGUAUCAAGCCUGGUUUUAAAUCUACCUCACAGACUCAUGUCCCAGGAGUUUCAAGCAUUCAAAUCAAGCCAUACAUACCAAAAGCAAAGAGGAAUGUCAUGCACACCAAAGCAUGCCCUCCCAAACAGCCUGGUCUUGAACCUGAUUCAGAAAAGCAUCAAACAACCUCAACACCAGCUCCUCACAAUGCAUCAUCAGUUUUUAUGCAAAAUCCAGUUCAUGGAGAAGAGGUUGAGCGCUCAAGCAUCAAAUUCAUCAGAGAGUUUCAAAAUACAGAGAAUACAUGUGUGGAUAACAAGGCUACCUCAAACAAAACAAGUGCCUCUAUCGCAAAUGAACUAAAGCAUAGUGUUGCAGAAGAUAACAACAUGAAGUGGAUGUCAGGAAGGGUUCCUCAGAAGCAUCCAUUGUAUGGUAACAAGCAACAGGAUUCUAGAAUGAAUGGACAGAUGAGAGAGGCUUCACAGGAUGUGAGGGGUUUCCAGCAGUGUGGACAAAGGGCUUCACAGGAGCAUCCCACAGUGUGGGGCAUCCCGCAGUGUUUCCCACACCUAGGACAAAGCGCUUCACAGGAGUAUCAGGAUGUCAAGGGUUUACCACAGUGUGGACAAGGGGCUAGAGUGGAGGAAGAAAGGACUAAACAAAGACUACUAAAGAAGACACAACAGAAGGGCAAGUCUAUGUUGACAGAUGAAAAGAAGAAAGAACUACAGAGAUAUUUAGAGCUUACCAGUGCUGGCUGGGUUCAAGACAAUGGAGGUGACUGGGUCAAAGGUCAGGAUGUAGAGUUUGACUCUGACGAAGAACCACCAACAUAAGAGAAGAUAAAGGGUAUAAAGUUUUGCAACAGAGAUGAUUAUUAAAAAAAAAGAUACAAGACAGAACGAAUGAGUCCAUUGGCAGGCUGGUUUAGGAUAAACGAUAUUUUUCACCCAUUUUAACCAAGGAGUUUUAAGAGCUGGAGUCCAAAUUGGCAACACAUUAUUCCAAGCAGCUUCUAAUGUUGCACAAUAGAAUCUACAGGUGUGCUGUUAAUUGUGAUGUCCAAGGUUCGAAGCAGCAAUAUCACUGGAAAGCUUGAGUAGGGAUUUUUUUAAAGGAAAUAUCAUUAAGUGUCAAAUUCCAUCACUAUACUUUGAGCUUGAAAUACAAAUAUAUGAAGGAGUAAUUGAACCAAGUAUUAUAGUAUAAGUGACAUCACAGAUAUAAACUUUGAAAAUAAUGCAAUUUUAGCUUUAUACCAACUAUUUGCAAUCCUGGGGAUGUACACAAUUUACGGGGAGGAAUACUAUUCCUCGACUGCUUUCUUCUCAAUAUACUGCAACUUCUGAAUCUACUUUCUCUUGUUUUAUUCUUUGGGUGAUGCCUCGCCCCUAUGACUCGUACCUUCUACUGACCUUCAUCGAAACUAGGAGCAAAAAGGUCAAGUUUGAAGUCAAGUUUGUUUACUCUUUACCCUGCCUCUGUAGAAGGGCAUUACCAAACUAGGCAACCACCAGUGACUCACUUCACUAAAAUAAGAAACAUGUAAAGCGGCAUUAAUAUACAAUAUACCAUACAUAACGAUAAACAUAAACAUAACAAUUAAACACGAUAAACAUAAAAUAUCACAUCAUUGAUAUUAUAUCUUACAAUAAUUGUUACAUGUAAGAUGGGAUGGUUCCUGGGUCUUUAGUCUUAGCGGAGGUCAUAUGUCAUUUGUAACCUAACUAUCGCCCUCUUACAGACAGAGUUUAGAGAUUGGUCGUAUAUAAUAUAUUGACCCUAUCCUAACUUCAACUUGUCGAUCUAGUCCAUGUCUGUCUGGGUACAUGUAGGUCACGGUUACUCGUUCUAAUGGCCAGUGCCCACGAAGAGCAGCACUGUCAGCCACAAGUACAAGGUUGUCAGUCUGGAAGUUUCUUUGUGGGUUAAGCCACCUUUGGCGUUUGUGAAGUAAGGGAAGAUAUUCCUUUGUCCAAUGCCUCCAGAACUGACCAGCCAGAUAUUGAGUUUGUCCAACCUUAGCUGCGAUGAGCUUUGCUAGGCUCUGCUUGAGUUAUUUAUGUCCAGCUCUAAAGUUUGUGCCAUUGUAGCUGAAUAUUUUCUCAGGCAGUCCUCUGUGAUUCACAAAUCUCCUUAGAGCGUUGAUGAAUGAGUCUGUAUCCAGGGAGUUGGCUUUUUCCAGGUGUACGGCCCUAGUCGUCAGACAUGUGAAUACACAGCCAUACCUCUUGGGCUGACUCCGGCCUUGCUUGACGUAGGAAGGUCCAAAGUAGUCAACCCCAGUGUAGGUGAAUGGCGGCUUGUCCGGUGUAACUCUUUCUUAAGGCAUGUCAGCCCUCAUUUGUUUCCCUCUUGGAGCAUUUCUCUUCUUGCAUUGGACACAUUUUCCUAUGAUGCGUCGAACAGUUCCACUGGAUCCAAGCUAAUCCUCUCCUUAAUCUGUUCCAGGAGGAAUAGCAAUCUUUUGGCUUGGUUGAGAUGGCAUUGGUUCCCUAUAUCUAAGGAUCAUUUUGGAGGUCCUGAGUUGGCAGAACUGCUGUUGGAGGUAGAGAUCUGGCAUCAUUCAUGAGCUCUGCUCACUUUCCUUCUGGUAGUUCAUGACUCCAUGUGGAGGUUUUGUUGUUCAUCCACAUACUUAGUGCUUCCAAACUUGCUACUCAGGCUGAAGGUUUCUACCUUACUAGAAUGGCAAAGUCAAGUUCACUAAUCAUAUUGGUGCUUGGCGCAUUCUAAAAUGCUCUCUUGGUGGCCUCUUCUGGCUCCCAGAACUUCCUGCCUCGUAAAUUAUUUGGCACUGGCGCUCAAUAAUUUGCAGGAGUCCACACAUAAUUAAUUCAAGUGCUUGUAUGUUCAUGGCAUGUUUCUCUGGAUCUGGAUCAUUCUCAAAGAGUCUGUCAUGCAGUUCAUCUGCUACCGCAGGAACAGUGCUCAAUGCCGAAGAUCCAUCAAGCAUAGGAAUUUAUUGAUUGAUUUAUUUAUUUAUUUAUUCAUGUCUUCUUUAUAAAAGAAGGGUGGUCCCAUUCAAGCUGCAAGGCCUGCUUUCCAAGGGAGCCCUGCUGUAACAAACAAAUCACAUUUCAAAUAUCUUACAAUACACAUAAAAAUACACAUAAUAUACAAUAAAAACAUAAUACAAACAAACUAUAAAACAUUUAACACAAAUAGGAAAUUAGAGGAAAGAGGAAAAAGGAAAGAGAGAAAGAGAGAGUGAGAGGGUGGUAGGAAUACUUCAUGUAAGCGAUCGCAAAAUAGAAGAAGUCAAUUAGCCCACUUGAAUUUCACGGACAUUUUGUUUAAAAAUGGAUAGUGAGGCGGAACAUUUGGUAUUAAGUAUGGGUAGUGAGUUGAAUGAAGGUUUGUUUUUUAAAUCGGUUCUGGGUUUUGGCAUCCUCCUUCCACUCAAUUAAUUUUUGUUGUAGCUCAUGGAGCCUGGAGUUGAGAGCAAGGAUAUUGGGAACAGUCUUCACAGCAUGCCAAGUGGUUCGGUAAUGAUCUUUUGUGUGAUGCCAGGGGCUCGGACUUCAGCACAAACUAUUCUAUCUUCGGCAUCUUCUGCAACAGCCUUCAAGAGAUUGUUUGGUUCAGGAAGCAAGGAAACUAAACUUGAUAUGUGUGAUAGGUGAAAGUGUGUGCCUGAUGCCCCUUCAAACAAGAUGAUAGCCCGGUUCCUGAUGUAGUCCACUAGAUGGUUUGAGGUAUCGUACUCAAUGGUUAUAUAGGCAGUGAAGAUGUCUUCUACGCCAGAUUUAGUCGCACCCCAAUGAUGAAAUGCCUUGCUUGCUGUUCUUACUAUGCGGCGGGCAUCCGAUUCUGAUGUUUUGAGUGUGUGUACUCCCUUCCCUCCUCCCUGCAAUGUCCUCAUAGGCUUUCAUAAUUUUGUCAACUUCCUCGGCAAAGUUAAUAAUGAGAUGCAGUUUGAAGUAGAAAGUCACAAAAUGUUUGCAAAUUGCGUGUUCAUCAGCUACAUGUAUAAGUUGCUUCCAAUUUGAUACGAUGUGUGGUAGUAGUUCUUCUUUUAGUGUACAUAGUUUUUCGCUGGAUUGCGGCACUGUCGGCCCUUGAUCGAUCAUAGUUGAUUUGAUCGUGGAAAUUAUCUGUUUGUUUAUUAUUUCAGGUGGGUUGUCAUCUGUGGCGAUACUUUGGGCAAGUUCCUUUUACCCUCUCUGUAAAGCUGUCAAAUACAGCAGACGUAUCACCAGCUGCCCUCUCUGUAAGUCCUACUGAGCGGGACGAUCCAUCGGGGCGAGUAAUUUGGUAGUUUUGGUACUUGCGAUGGAAUUUAGAUUUCCCAUCUCCAUGGGCGACAGGCAUUGAGAGCAGUGGCUACCUCCACAACAGCAAGAUGUCUUCCUUCCACAAGGAUUCUCGACUUUGUGCCCAUUGAUUGCAGGCGGCUCACUUUUUUUCCGGCAAGAUUUUUAAGUACCGUUCAAAUAUAGGACAUAAAAUUGCAAGUUAAAAAAAUCUUGUGUACGGCAUGUAUUUUAUAUCAUUGUCAUAUUUCUUUUUUUUUUCCCGGAUUUAACGCCUUUUUGGCAGAAAUCAAAGAUAUAGCGCCUUUUGGCAGAAACUUUUUACAGUCAAUACUGAGUGUAAAUGCUACAGAAUUGUAUGUAUUGUAUGAACAAGUGUCUCACUGGGAAUAUAUGCUCCAUCUUGACCGUUGUUCCACUGCAAGCUUUGUCAGAAUGCCAAGAUCAGUACUGUUUUUAUUUUGACUGACACUCUUGUCGCUGACGUACUGCACUUUCUUUAUUGUCAGAUCUUCAGACAGCCUUCUAUCUAGGAAGUUGUGCAGUGGGCUGGCGACUUGGUUUGACCCUAUUCCCAUUUCCUGUUCCCCCAGGAAUAGAAAUGGACAUCUUCUGGAUGUUGUGUUCCUGGGACAUAUUUUUUGCCACUCUGCUUAUGUUCAACAAUGCCAAGAACAUUGAGCUGCUGAACUUUACGGGAGUAAUCAUCAGAAACAAAAAAGCGGGUAAUCAUUGGGAUCAAACUUCUUACUUUUAUAGAGCUCCCUCAAGCACUUCUUUGACUUCUCUUUAGUUUGGAAAGAAGAAGAAUCUACAUGCAUGGGGUGUGGGCGAGCUCUUUCUCCCCCAGGUAGGCCUUGUACUGGGUUUUUCUUACCCGAUCUGUGAGCACGUUGAAUCUCUUUGGCAACUCCCAGUAUUGCAGGAUCAGGAUCGUUGUUUUAGCUUGAUUUCCUCAAGCUCAAGCUCUUGUUGCUCCUUCAGAGCUGCGAUUUCUGCGGCUAAGGCAGCUCUCUUGGCCUUUGCCCUAAUCCUCCAACUAGCUGAGGUGGUGCUGCUCCCCCUUUGACUCACAGAGUCGAUCCUCAGGCCUAGUGGUGUCAGACUUCACACCAUGCAUCUUUACAGAAUCCUCUGACUUGUUGUGGUCCUUGAAAGUAACCUCUGAAUCUGUGCUAUCCAUGGCGGUUAUGCUCAUGAUUGAGGAUGACGUCCAUGCAAGUUGAUAUUAAACUAAAUGUGGCGUGCCAACCCAGAUGCCCAAGACCCAAGAAAAGAGACCAUGCGCCGCUGUAUAUUGGUUUCACUGUUGUAAGCAGGCAAGGUUCAAUCUGCAAUUUAAAAAGGACAAAUAGUAAUUAUUAAUAUUAUUAAGCAUUUAGCUACCUUAUUCAUAGUACACUAUAUCACAGCGCUUACAAUCAUAUGCAAUAAAACAACAAAUUAUAACAUAAAACAUUGAACAAAUAAAAUAAUAGCGAAUCAAGUAGGAAAAAGGUACGUUUUAAGGAAUUUUUAAAACACAUCCACUGAUGGAGCAGCUUUUACAAUGGAGGGAAGUUUAUUCCACUCCUUAGCUGCUGCUACAGUGAAUGUGCGAUCUCCUGCCUUACUACGAGCCAAUGAAAAGUCAAUCGGAAUGGGUCUGCAUUGGAGCGAAUAAGUCAUCUUGCAUAAACUGACUUCUUGCAUAAACAAACAAUGCCUUCUUCACUAUAAAUCUGACUUAAUACAUGCAACAAUGACUCACUGAUAUUGACUUUGACAUUCCACAAGGUCAUGCUCGAAGGCCUCAUUCAUGUUACUACUACAUGUACAUUAAUACAAUUACGUAACGUGCAUUGUACACGUGUGCAAUCUUUCACGUGACCAACUCAUGUCAUACAUUAUUCGGUAGGCGUUGUAGAAACAGUUGCUUCAAAAUCCCUUCCUCCAAUGUAGAUUCUCCUAGUAGUUGUCGCAUGCGACGAAGAAGUUGAGUAGGCUUGCGGUCACCUAACUCUUCCGCAUUGAGAAGCUGGUGAAUUCGCUUCUGUUCGGAAACGCCGGUUCGUUUGACGAGUUCAGAUUUCAGUUUGUCAUAGCGAUCCUUAGCAGGGGGGGCAAUGAUGAAGUCCCUGACCUCUUGUGCUACUUCAGGCUGUAAAGAGCUAAUGACGUGGGCAAAUUUUGUCUCUUGUCGCGUAAUAGCCCGCGUCAAAAACUGCGCCUCAACCUGGGCGAACCAGAGUGCCGGGUCGCCCGGCCAGUACGGUGGUAACUUGAGUCCAAAAGCAGUAACAGCUGGCCCGGUACUGCCCGGUGCCAUCGCGGCAGCGGCGGAGUCGGAGUCGGGCAUUUCCGUUGACGGUGAUGUCGUCGUCAUCAUGCACACAAAAGAAAACAUCGCUCGUAGAAGAACAAAAAGAUCCGGGGUCACCAAUGUAGGAAUAAAUGUUGUAGAUAAAACUAAAUGAAUAUUCUUACCGUUAAUAAUAAUCUUCAGAGUUGAUAUCUCGAGUGUAGAAAGAAACUGGAAAGCGAAUCAUGAAGAGGAAGAAUAGCUAGCUAGUCGCGCUCCACAUGCUGAUUCAUCACUUCGCUAUAUUGCACUAUUCUUCCUCUUCAUGAUUCGCUUUCCAGUUUCUUUCUACACUCGAGAUAUCAACUCUGAAGAUUAUUAUUAACGGUAAGAAUAUUCAUUUAGUUUUAUCUACAACAUUUAUUCCUACACAGAUAAACAUACAACGUCAAAAUCCUGAACAAAUACAUCUAACACAUAAUCUAAGUUUACUUUGUUCCCACAAGCAUUUAAAGUAACAAUAUUAAGAAAGGUCCUGUUUGGUUCAAGUGUACCAUCAUGGCAGGGGCCAGGCCGGUCCCAGAAAGAGAAAAAGAAAUUAAGGUCACCACCUUUCUUCUCGUCCCAUCCAACCUUCCAGAGGUCAUCAGGGCCAUCGAUGACCUUAAUCUCCUCCUUCCCCGUUGAUGACUUUGUUUACAGAAGAUCCUACCAUCCAUCGUCCAUACAUUUUUCACGCUAGAGUCCUUCUUCAAAUCGCGCACUAUCUUACUGCGUAGAGGUAUCAAGUCUUCAUCAAGAAAUACCUGUUUGUGGAUGUCCAUCGAUGUCAGCUUCUUCUUGUUCCUCAUCAGUCGUACUUUGACGUCCCGCCGAACAAAUUUCACGAUGAUGGUUUUGCCAUCAGCUCUCGCCUGCUAGUCACUCCCUGCCAUCGCACGCCUGCCAGGCAGCGAAA